CAUUGGCAAGCCCUUUUAGAAUUCUAUCGGACAUUUUAAAAACUGAUGCUGGGUACCUACGGAUAUAAGGUCUCGCGCCCUUAUUUAUUUUAUUAUGAUUGAAUUUUAUUUUAUAACUAAUUUUAUUAUUUCUAAAUAUUUUGUUUCUCAGGUAAAUAUUUGAUAUGAAUAGAUAUAACAUUUACAUAACCGCUCUCAUAGCUGCCAUAAUAUUCUUUGGGAUAAAUAUAUAUUUGGCAUUUUAUCAAAUUGGAAUUUUCAGACCAGAGGCUAACGAAUCUGGUGAUAGAAGUCAAGUUAAUGUUCAAACAAUAGUCGUUUAUAGUUAUAUGAGAAGUGGUUCUUCCCUGGUUGCCAAUGCGCUGAAUAUCUUCAUGACAAAUGCUUUAUAUUUGCACGAACCUACCAAUUUUUUUUACGACAGAUCUAACAGGUUGUUGGAUAAUAGCAUUAUCAGAUUUGACUCACCUUCUUCACAUUUAAAUACUACUACGAUCGAAUGGACCUCCCCAUUUACUCUCCAAGUGUUUUUAGCACUACAAACUUGCAAUUUUACCAAUCUUGAUGAAUUAGGUUGGAUUAAUUACAUGGUUGAUCCUAAGCUUUAUAUAAUGGCAAGGAGCCGAGUAUAUAACGAAUAUCUAAAUUGUUCUUAUCGAAAGGAUGAUAGUUACAAAUAUUUUCACGAAUCCAAAAAUCGCGCUUUAUUAUCUUACGAUUGCCGCAUUAAAAUGAGACAUAUGAGCUCUGGUAAUUUUACCGAAAUUUGCCGAAGAAAUCCUGUUAAAGUGCUAAAAUUUGUCCGGGGUCGAUUGAGGGACUACAUAAUAAUGCUCAACUCUGUGUAUGAUGAUCAUCCUUUAAAAUUUGAAAAAGGUAACCGGAAAUCAUAUGGAAUUAUACAUCUAGUCAGGGAUCCUAGAGCCAUAAUUUACAGCCGGAUAAAGUUGCAUUGGGACACCAUAGAACCCUUACGAUUGAUGGCCAAUAAAUUGUGUCGCGCCAUGAAAUUCGAUCACGCGAUUCACGAAAAACGUUCCAACGACAAAAUUUUGACUUUAAUCAAAUACGAGGAUUUCGUGAACCGGCACCCAAGCUCUUUGCUCAAACUUGGCUCAUUUUUGGGGAUCAAAAAAGAUGUUUUGCUAGAGGGCUUCGAAAAUAAUCGCUACUUCUAUUCGAAUAAAGAUACCGAAAAGUAUCUUAAGGAGGAAAGUUUUAACACUUACAGAAGGGCUCCCAAGAGUCACGUAAAUCAAUGGGUGCGGGGUCUAUCCUUGACCCAAAAAUUGGCCAUUAACAAAGAAUGUCGAGAAGUCUUACGUUUGUACAAAUAUCAUUAACAAAUUUCGGAUUUCUGCCAUUAAAAUGAAAAAUGGAUGAGGAUCCUUUAAAAGUUUUUAGUUAAAAAAAUUAUGAAAUAAUUGCUCAUGUAAUAUUAUAUUUUUGUUUUAUAUAUAUCCCAUUAUUAUUAAGGAUAAACAUUUUUAUAAUGUAAUGUAAUAUGUAUCAUGAAUUGACCA